AUGAACAAACCAACGGCCGAAAAGGUCAAAGGGCCGGCUAAAUAUGACAUGUCUAGGAAUAGAGAUAGGGUAGGUUAAUAUACACGAGUUUAAUGAGUUAAGGGUGCCAAAAAUGACCCAAUGGCACAAGAAAGAAAAGCCAUGGCCAAGAAGGAAAACGAGUUGAACAAGAAGAUUGAUGAGCUUACGGUAUCGUUUGAAAAAGUAAGUUUAGAAUGUAAAAGUUGUCAGAAAACUUAUUGUAAAACUAUUUUAUCAUUUUGGGCUUGCUUAGUGUUUAAAACUGAUUAACAACUAUUAUAAGACAUAGGUUUAAAUCUCAUAUUUAGGCAAAAGAAUUAGAAGAAAAGUUGAAGAAAGAAAAUGAAGUCAUAAAGAAGGACCAAUUGGAAAGGGAACUUGAAAUUGAAAAGCUGAGUCAGUUUUGGUUGUUAAGUCAACAACAACUACAGUUAUACGAACGAAAGAACGUUGAACUUGAAGGUAAAAUACAAAAGAUGCAGUCAGUUCAUGUGGAGACUGUUUCGGUAGGUUAUAAUGUAAAGUAGAGCUGGAUAAAUCACCUUUAUAUUUACUUACUAUCAGCAGUUGUCACCUUAAAACACUUCAAAUUCUAGCUGCUCCACAAAAGAAUCAGCAUGCUUCAACUAGACACGAGGCUAGAAAAAGAAAUGGCUACACAAACAGAUCCAUUUGGACUGGAUUCUGAUUGCACGGGUAUGGUAAGCGCUUCAAUUCAAACAGAAUCCGAAUGGGAUCGUGGGAAUGUGAACGACUUGUUGAAAGGGCAUGAUGAACAACUUACUGAACUCAUAGCUGAGAUUGAGAAUGCCAAAUUGCAAGCUCAAGGCGACUACAAGUUUGCUGUAGUCCAAAUGGAACAAGGACUACGGGAGGAGCAUGAGGAGGAGGUAGGUAUGAGUACUAGUCAAUAACAGUAUCAUGAUUUUCAAAAUUAAAUUGCCGUUUUAAAUUCAAGUAAUGAUAAAAACAUGGAAAUUGUGUCUUAUGGCAACACUUAAACUGUAUAUUAAUCAUAUCAGCUACGAGCAGUGAAAGAAGAAAAAGAACGUCAACUUGAAGAGAUGGUGCGAAUCCAAAACGAACAGCUACAGCAGUAUCAAGAAGCUAAUGCAGAAACCAAAGCCCAAAUGAAUGCUGAGAUAACACAGUUGAAAGUAGAGAACCAUCAAGUUCAUAUCGACCUUGUAGCGAAAGAAGAAGAGUGUAACACGUUGAAUGACAGGAUACAACAACUCGAACAUCAUUAUGAUGAUCUACAAGGCAAAUACAAGGUUUUGAGCACUAACUAUGAGAAGAACAAGGUUGAUCAGGGUGUUUUGAGGGUAAGAUUUUUAUUUCACGACCAACCUUGGUAUUUAAUAAUGCUUUAGUUACCAAUCAUCUGCACGGUGCACUCACCAGAAAUUGAGUUUGUGGAAAAAGUUCCAAGUCUAUUUGAAUGAGAAAAGCAUUUAAAGUUAAUCUUUAAUUUCUUCCAAAUCUGUAAAUUUAAAAAAGAGUAAUUACAGUACGUUUGACUUUACAGAAAGACGCCAGAACUAUCGGAGACCUUAGGAACCGGAUGGAUAAGAUCGAAGAAAUCAACGAAAUUCUGCUUGGAGAAUAUAAAAAGGUAUUUUACUUGCAAAAUCUUGUUCUUGCAUUCAUCCAUCACAAAAUAACAAUUACGGUUUAGCUUGAAGACGAGAAGAACUUGUUAAUGAAGCAGAAAUUCAAAGGAUCUUCUUCAAAACUGAACAUUAUCUCGAAAGCAAGUCAAUAUGCAGAAGCGGUUGACGACAUUCGACGUGAACAUGGCGGGCUGUACAUACAGUGA